AUGUUGCCGUCAUGCAAACCGUCGGACCCAGGUGAUUCUCCCCUACCCACGGAGGAUGACCUGGACUUGCAUCGAAAUGAUCUUCUGCAGGGAACAUGGCAAGCAGAUGGCACACUUUGGCAGAUGGCAGGACGAUGCUGGAACGUUGCCAAAGACCUGGAAGUUGAUCCAAAUUUGCAAUUUCGGUGCCGCUUCAUACUCUUGUUCCUCUUUGGCAUCCUCGGCCAUGAGCAUCCGCUGCGGCCACUGCUCCCUGAGCGCAGCUGCGAGGAAUGGGUUUUCCUGUCCAUGCCGGACAGGGUGUUGCGCACCCUUGAUCUGGAGAUGAUGCAGCGCUUCUAUCGUCCCGGCCAAGAGUACGAGCUCGGCAUUCCUCGAGGCAGAGAAGUGUGGAUUGUCGGAGCAUUUUCCUCCGGACCAGAAGAGCUCGGGCAGAUCUUACAACGGACGCCGUCAAGAAUUCACAUGUUCGAGCCUGUCGUAGAGUUCUUCGAGAAGUUGAAGUUGCAAUGGCGUGGUCACGAGCAUGGACAGUUGGUGCAUCUACACAACUACGGUCUUGGGGAAGCACGAGAGCGUGGUGAGAUGUUCAUGGCCUCUGUGGGAAGCUCUCUUUUCCAGCCCAUGGAGUUCUCGGCGACUCGCUUGUUCCUGGACUCUGUGAGCGACUUCAAACACGGGAGGCUCCGCGAGCAUCGCACCCACGUCCGCGUGGAGGCUGUCGAGCUGGUCUGGAGAAUCCUUUCCACGGAAUCCCUCGGCCUCCUCCACAUGAAUUGCGAGGGCUGUGAGUACGAAGUAAUUCCGCAGCUGGCGGCGGCAGGGCUCCUGCACAAGAUUGAGGUCAUCUUCGUAGCAUCACAUCUUGUGCUCAAUGAUACAGAAGCUGCUGAGCUCUGCGAUGCGGCAUCUUCGGGCACCUGCUC